AUGGCGCUUUGCCAAACACGCUCCCUUUUCAGUGGCUUAGGCUGGGCGCCACCCUGGCCCGUCUUCACUGGCCAGGGUUACUGUUCUUGUCCCAACCGUACAGAUGAGGAAACCGAGACUCAGGGCGAGCGACCCCGGGCUUGGGCACCUGCAGCGGUGGCCACUACUGUGUGCGGAGACCGCUGCGAUGCGCGCGCGGGCCAAGUCCACCGGCGCCUUGGCUCCCGCCGGCACCUUCCCCAACCCCCGGUCUUUGUCCCCGCCAUCAGCUCCGACUCAAUCCCGUCCUCUUCCAGUCUAGUACUUUUUUCCAGAUCUCGAUCCCAAAUUCCCUCCUGCCGGAAUCUGGACCCGAAUCCACCCGUCGCUCAUUUUCCGCAGCAGCUGGAGAGCAUCUCUGAAGUCCCGAAAACAGCCUGCCUGCACGGAGGAGACGCCUCCUUAGUAUGGCCGCCCCCAGAGAGGAGCGAUGAAGUGCAGGCUGCCAUGUUGUUGUUGGGCCUGAGCGGCUUCAGGGAGCCAUGUUCGUAUGGCCGGCACCGGCCUCACUGAGCAUGUGCAGUCAUGGCCGUGCGGCCUCACAGUUCUGACGUCACAGGGCGGUUCCUGAAGUGGACGUAGUUGUAAGGGCGAAUUGUUUUAGACAAUACCUCUGAGAUCAGGGAAUCUAAUCUGGAAAUAGAUAGUAGGCAGAUUAUGGUGCCUCUGGAUCAGGGACCUGAGCUAUGUGGGGUUGGAGAGGGGCCCUCGGCAGGCAAGUCUCUGGGGAGUGUGGUGAGAAUCCUUGUGUCAGAUGCUGGGAAGAGGUGGGGUCAGGGCUGGGGUCCGUAGGCCGAGGGGUUGGGGGGAUGGUCAGCGUCAGGGAUCAGUAGCAGAGAUUCUGUGUGCCCUGAUCGCCAGUGGAGGUUAUAAAUACAGAAUAUUCAUGAGUUUAGUGAUGUUAUUUGCCUCUCAUUAUUUAAAUAAUUUGAAGUUUUCCCCCAAUAACUAGUGUCUUAUAAGUCAUGAAAAUUUCAGAAAAUAACAGGUCUUCCUAGUUCGUGAUGGGAGUGGGGCAGGAGUCGCUUAGAGCACUUGGAGAGUCCUUGCCAGUUCUUUGGGGAUGCGGAGUUCUUAAGACUACCCUGAGACUGUCCUUUGACCUUAUUGUGGCCCUUUCUAGAUUAAAUGCUGUUUUCCAUGACCUUCUCUGUUCUUCCCACAGGCGAAUGGCAGGCAUCCACAUCUCCAAGAAUACAGGAUUAGAAGAGACUCUGUCACCCAUGUCCUCACAGUUAAUUAUUGAUGUGUGUCAGUUGCCCAUUUCCUCACUUCCUGUUUGUCAUGGAGUAUUAAUAAACCUUUGAUUAUUUAAAAA